AUGGCCAAGACCAAGAAGUCCGGUGACACCCUCGCCUCCCGCCUGGCCCUCGUCAUGAAGUCCGGCAAGGUCACCAUGGGUUCCAAGUCCACCAUGAAGACCCUCCGCUCUGGCAAGGCCAAGCUGGUUCUCAUUGCCGGCAACUGCCCUCCUCUGCGCAAGUCCGAGCUUGAGUACUACGCCAUGCUCGCCAAGGUCCCUGUCCACCACUUCAACGGCAACAACAUUGAGCUCGGUACCGCUUGCGGUAAGCUCUUCCGAUGCUCCACCAUGGCUGUCCUCGAUGCCGGUGACUCCGACAUCCUCAGCCGUGAGGCUUAA